UCCAGUCUCCUCCCCCUCGCCUGUUUUGCUGGGGGAAGGGGAGAGAGGGCUGGCAGGCAGGAAUAAACGGCGGGGGGGCUGAUGCCGAGACCCGGCAGAGCCCCCGGGAGCGGAGGCUGCAGCAGCGCGGGCGGGAAACCGCGCAGCCCCCACAGCCGCGGGGACCAUUUUGGGCACAGCACGGCAGGUUUUGGAGCUGCUCAGCCCUCGGCUUCACCCUCUGGAAACCUCCUCUUACCUCCUUGGGCUGCAAACCCCGGCGAGAGGCAGAGAUCUGCCCGGUGCUCCGGGCGGCCCCGGCUGAGGGACGGACGGACAGACAGACAGACAGACAGACAGACGUGCGGCCCCGGUACCUCACACAGGAGAAACUCCCCCGUUUCCUCGAAUGAGGAUGUGCCCACGCUCACGGACAAGGUAGCUGCUGCGUUUAGACAUCUCAGUGCCCUACGGAGAAGAAAAAAGACGCUUAUCUUUGCUGUAACUAUGGCAGAGACCCCGGGGGGGUCAGACAUCCCUGCCAAGUGCUAACGAGGGCCUGAGGCCUCCAGGACACCACAAAACUCCUGCAAGAGACAGAUCACGCCCAACCGAGACCAUGUAUGCUGUAACUCACCCUUGAAAAGAGGGAAAGGAGCAUUUUUGGAGCUGGGGAACAGCUCAGUGGGGUCUCCAGCCCUCUGAGGGCCUGUGGGGCACUGGAGGCGUCUCCCUGCAGCCAGUUCCCCCCACAUGACCCACAGCACGGACCCACCAGCGCGAUGGACGCGUCCCCGGUGACCUCCAGCUCCGCGCCAGGCCCCGUCACCUUCUCGCAAGUUUUCGGGCAGCAGUGCCAGCUGAUGGAAGCAGCCGUGGAGUCGCUGCACUCCUUGAAUGACCAGAUCUCCCAUUUUAUCGUCAACAAGUCGAAAACGCUGGAUGAAGACGAAGACGCCUUUUUGCCCAGCGAGAAGGAAUCUCUGAAAGAUGCCAUGAUGCUGAUGAGGCACCUCCUAAUGGAUGCACAGGCCAAAAUCCUGCACAUGAUGGACGACAACAAGCAGCUGGCGCUGCGCAUCGACGGGGCGCUGCAGGCGGCGGGGCAGGAGGUGACGGCGCUGCGGGCCGAGCUGGCGGCCACCGGCCGGCGCUUGGCCGAGCUGGGCAGCGAGCCGGCCAUGGAGCACGGCCCGCACAGCGCGCAAGCGCUGCUGCGGGAGGAGGUGGCCCAGCUGCAGGAGGAGGUUCACCUGCUCCGGCAAAUGAAGGAAAUGCUGACAAAGGACCUGGAGGAGACGCACGGCAGCAAAUCUCCGGAGGUGCUCUCGGCCACCGAGCUCAAGGUGCAGCUGGCGCAGAAGGAGCACGAGCUGGCGCGGGCCAAGGAGGCUCUGCACGCCAUGAAAGCCGACCGCAAGCGCUUGAAGGGGGAGAAGACAGACCUGGUGAGCCAGAUGCAGCAGCUGUACGCCACGCUGGAGAGCCGCGAGGAGCAGCUCCGCGACUUCAUCAGGAACUACGAGCAGCACAGGAAAGAGAGCGAGGACGCGGUGAAAGCCCUGGCGAAGGAGAAGGACCUUCUGGAGCGGGAGAAGUGGGAGCUGCGGCGACAAGCCAAGGAGGCAACGGACCACGCCAGUGCCCUCCGCUCCCAGCUGGACCUGAAAGACAACCGUAUGAAGGAGCUGGAGGCCGAGCUGGCCAUGGCCAAGCAGUCCCUGGCCACGCUGACCAAGGACGUCCCCAAGCGUCACUCCUUGGCCAUGCCGGGCGAGACGGUGCUGAACGGCAACCAGGAGUGGGUGAUGCAGGCCGACCUCCCGCUAACGGCCGCCAUCCGGCAGAGCCAGCAGACCCUCUACCACUCCCACCCCCAGCACUCGGCGGACCGGCAAGCCGUCAGAGUGAGCCCCUGCCAUUCCCGGCAGCCGUCCAUCAUCUCCGACGCCUCGGCGGCCGAGGGCGACCGGUCGUCCACGCCGAGUGACAUCAACUCGCCCCGGCAUCGAACACACUCGCUGUGCAAUGGGGACAGUCCUGGACCGGUACAGAAGAACUUGCACAACCCAAUUGUACAGUCUCUAGAGGACCUGGAAGACCAAAAACGGAAAAAGAAGAAAGAGAAGAUGGGCUUCGGCUCCAUCUCCAGGGUGUUCGCCCGGGGCAAGCAGCGCAAAUCCCUGGACCCCGGUCUCUUCGACGGUACAGCCCCCGACUACUACAUCGAGGAGGACGCGGACUGGUGACCCCCCCGCACCGGGCGAGCGCCGGGACGCUCAUCCCAGCGCCGCCAUCGCCGAUGUACAUAAUCCCACCCCUCCCUGCCUGUGGACGUGUUACCUGUCGUCUUGGGAGCGAUGCAGCCGUGUCGUAACUUCAGUUUUUCCCCCUUUUUUUGUGUGUGCCUUUUUUUUUUUACCCACCCCCCCAUGCCGCUAACCCUUUGUCGUCACUUCAGUUUGUCCGUUUGGGUUGGGGUUUUUUGUUGGUUUUCUUGUUUUAAAUUCCUCCUUCUUUUGAUGAAACUUGAAACUUGAAGGACUGCUGUGUCUCUGUAAAUACCAGAAAUAUUGUGCACUUUGUGCUUGUGACGUCUCUUGUCCGAAAGCCGCUGUUUUCCGGAGCCCAGCCCGCGGGAUGUCCCCGCUUGGGGACAAAGGACCUGCCCAGCUGAGGGACCUUAGAGAGAAAACACACACACACACACAGAGAAAAGAACACUUAUCUCAUUUGCUGUGACGUCUUCCUGGCCGAACCCCGCGGAGGCGACACGGGCUGCUCGUAACGCCCGCCGGUCUGGAAAUUAAGUGUUUUAACCUUUCCUUUUGUUUUUCUUUCUUUAAGUUGUUUUAAUUUAUUUGCACAAACCCAGAGGAGCUAUUCUAACUAAAUUAUUGCAGAAGUUUUUUGGGAUUUUUAUAUUUUUCCACGUCGGUUGGGAUGGGGCGGGGAGGAGGAAAGGGUGUGUUUGUACUGUACUGUCCUGGGAAGCUGCUGCCGGGGGGGGCUGGAGCCUUGGACCCCCCACCCCAGGCUCCCUCGGCCCCAGGAGCACUUAACGCCUUGGAAAACACAGAUUUAAAUACAUGCCGGGAAAUUAAGCGGGGGGGGAGAAAGCUGGUGGUGGCUUUACCUCUGCUUUUUCCCUGCAUUUUUGGAGGGGCUUACCCUUUGCUUAGAGUGAAAAUUGGGGGAUCCGGCAUGAGCCGGGAGGCGGGGAAGGGCGAUAUCCCGAGAUAUCUCCAAACGCCACGUUUGGGGUGUUAUUGCCGCCGGGGAAAUCGGUACGAGACCCCCACGGGGAGGUUUUUCUGGCUCCGGGGUGAUUUUUAAGCACAAAAUGGCAAUUUGUGCUUCCAAAUCCCCUGGAAAACGCCCCAAAACCAGCCCUGGCGCGGCGGCUGCUUCCCCUCCCCACUAACACGCACCGCGCUCUGCUUAUGCCAAGAUAAGUACCUUAUGCUUUAAUGCUUACGAUAUAAUUUUAAGCUCUUAAAAAAAAAAUGUAUUAAGAUUUAUUUAAUGAUGCUAUAAUAGUGUAUUAUUUUUCUUCAUUCCGAUACGCGUGCCCCAGUUGAACAAAGAAAGGGGUAUUUUGUCUUAAAUCGCCGAACUGAACCGCCGAUGCCCUUGCGCCGUGUAUUGCUGCGAACGGGAUGAUGCGGAGAGGCCGCGGGGUGGGCAGGACGGGGUUCACCCCGCCGCAUCUUUCUCUGCAGAGAGGCAUUUUUAUAUAUGUUUUGUUGUUUGGGGGGGUUGUUUUUUGUUCAUUCAUUUGGUUUGGUUUGUUUCCUCCUUGCAUUUUUAUAAUUUAAACUAUAAACCACCGGAACAGAUGCGCAAUCUCCUUGUUAUCGAGUAGUUUCCUUUGCAUUUCAGCUUUUUUUUUUUUUUUUUUUUGUAAAUUAGGAAAUAAUUCUAAAAAUUACUAAGAGGAUGAUUUAUUUAAGAGAGAACUUGGAUAAAUAGCAUAUGAAUUAUGGGUAACAUUAGAUUUAACUUUUCCCCAAUGUGAGUGGGGGAGAAUCCUUGAAGGCAUGGAUGCAAAUAUAAAAUUAUAAAAGAUCUAAAUAAAGCUUAUUUUAAAGUA